AACACCGGGAGCCCCAACUUCUACCACGCGACGGCGAAAGAAUUUAUUACUGGCAGGCCAAUUGGAGACGAACUUGACGAAGUGUUCUUUGUAGAUGAUCCGAAGGGGCAUUUCCUUGGAUUACCGCUGCUUAGAUCUUUUAACGACAGAUGUCAGAAGGGUGUGUUUGGGAUACCCACUAAUCCUCCUCUGGGAGACCAAAACAAGUGGGAUAAUUUUUUGAGGAAGAGACGUGACCGUCCCCGGCUUGUCAAUUAUGAGAUUAACAACUUGCUCUUCCACCUGGACCCCUCUCAACUCUUUUCAGAGCAACCCAAUGAGUUGCAGAAAGAGUUUAACGACUUCCUUACACAAAACUUUCUUGCGUUCAUCGUGUUGUCCCCUGUUGGAACUGAAGUGCCGAGUGAAUUGCUUCAGCCCAGUACUUGCUUCUGGCGAGUUUUCUAGUCGCACGAUCCCAUUAAGCGACGAAGCUCUCAGUGCUCGAGGGCUCAUGGAGGCGAAGCUAAGUCCAUUGCCAGAGAUGGGUGUAUGGGAUAAUGAAUGGGUAAAUUAUGAAGCUGAGUUACGUGAACUUGAUGUUCGGAAUGGUGUUGUGACGUGCGCUGCGCUCUCUCGAGAUGGCCACCACAUUGCACUUGCCUUUGGUAGUGGUAUUGUCGAGAUUGCCGACAUCGACCAGCAGCGCACGGUCACUCGGUUUGAAUGCGAUCCACCUCGUCUUCUAAUUUGGGUCGAGUUCGUUCAUGACAACCACCGAAUCGCUACAGAGGAUAGUGAGGGGAAUAUCACCAUUUUCAGCCGUGAUAUACGAGCCAUGAGGCUUAGCACUCUCCCCAGUGGGCGCUAUCCACCUGUCACUGCAGUGUCAGACAAUGGAUUGUUAAUAGCACGAAUUCAGCAGGAUCUUGGGAGGAAUUGGUACGACUACAUGUCACUCCUAUAUGUUUCGGAUGACCUGUCUGUUCAACCUCUCGCCUCUCCCCCUUCUGACACCUCCACACCAUCCUCCCAACCUGAUUCCAAGUUAGCCAUCCCCCACCGUCGUACGAUCGGUUUCUCUCCAGGAGCACGAUAUGUUGCCGCUUUUGAUGGGAUCAGCGCCUGCGUCUGGUCAACAGAGUCACGCGAGUUCAUUGCACGUUAUCACGUUACGGCUUUAGAGUAUUGGAUUCUCAAUCCCGGCACCGCCCCCCUUUGUCCAUAUUCCAUCUCAGAUCCCAUGUCCACCGGACCUGCGCUUCCUUUGAGAGAUGAUACUGUGGACGUAGAGACGGACUCAGGGCUCAACGCGGACGAGUCUUGGAUCAAGCGCCCAUUCUACGACCUCUUACCGAGCAUGAGAGAGGUCAUGCACAAUGAUGUCCGUUCAUUUGCAACAGGCAGAACUCCACUGUUACAAUCGGUUGGGAUGACGUCCGGAAUAUGGUUUAAUGGUGAGAGGGAGCUCGUAGUCCCAGGAAACUAUCAACCGAUCCAGAACAACGCCAAAAGCAGGGUCAGCUGGUAUGGGGAUCGAGUGCCCGAUGAUCUCACAUACUCCUACCGUCCUUCGUCCAGCAGGGAUGGGACUCGAUUUCUGCUCCAGGGCCGGACGAAAGCUCCAAUCGUUGUGGAUAUCAGCGAAGUUGUUUAGUAUCCCUAUGAAGCUUGCUAUUUCUUAUUCCCCUC